UCAUUUGUCGUCUGUGUAUUUAUAAAUUUUAUUUAGUGUUUUGCUGAGAAAAAGAAUUUGGACUUUUCGAAUUUAACCAUGAAUUUUUUCAUUAAUUAGUUUCAUAUCUUUAAUGUUUGAUAUCUACCGGGUUUAUUUAUCCCGGAUCCUUAUUAAGAUGUAAGGGGUAAUGGUAUGUUAAGGUAUGAUGUAAAAUACAUUUGAGCUAAUUCAAAAGUCUGAAUUCAUGUUGCUGCGAAUACACCGUUUAAUAGUAUUGGAUUAUAUUACCGUUGAGCGAAUUGUUUAUUUGUAUGUUCAAUCGUAUAAGUUUUGUAGCAUUAAAUGUUUACGCGUUAUAGGUUAUUACUUGUUAAAUCUCAUUGUUAUCAGUUGCUAAUGGUAAUGGCAAUAAAUGGAAUACAAUAAUGUUUGUGUCUCACGAUAUGAAGUCUAAGAAGAAAUCCAAGCCCAACAUUCUACGAAGAAAGCCUGUGCUUAGCAAAUCGUUAAUAGUACACAAACCUGAAUCUCAAAAUGUGCAAUCUCUACUGGCACCAUCUUUUGUGCUUGACCCUAAAAGCAAUGCAGUAGAAGAACAGAAGUCUGAAAAUUGUGAUGACAGUGGUUGUUCCAUUGAGAAAUUAGUACCUAAAGUAGAAGUCAGUCAGUGCAAUACUCAAGAGGUGGUUGAAAAUAUUAGUGAACAUAACAGUUUAAUAUAUUUUAAUACUAUACAACAAAAUGAUAAUGAAUUUGGCCAAAAUCAAACUGUAAAUAUAGGAACACUACUUUUAGGUGAUGUGAUAAACCAGAAUGUUCCAGUAAUUGAAAGUGACCCUUUAUUGGAAAAUAAAGAUAAAGAAAAUCAGGCAAGGGGAACAUGGUGUUUUAUUGAGAAUCCUGAAACAAUAAUACUUAAACAAAUUGAUAACACAGAUGAAAGUUUGAUAGGAUAUGAUGCUGAAAAGCCUGGCAAUACAAUAGAACCAGCAUAUUUAGAAGAGCCAGCACAAUUAACUAAAAUAUCUUCCAUAUAUAAGUGUGACAUAUCAUAUUGUAAUGAAGAAUUCGUGACUAAACAAAAAUUAAAAAAACAUAUGAGUGUACAUCAAAAGGGUAAGGUUGGGAAGACACAGCGACAUACCACAUCAGAGUGUCCAGUCAAGAGGCUCCUUGAAAAUGACGUGGAGGUGCCGUGUGGAAGGGUAUAUCUCACCAAGGAGGAACUCAUGAAACACUUAAACGAUGAACAUACAAUUGAUGAGGCAUUUUACAGUUGCUCGGAAUGCGGACGUCGCUUCUUCUGGGCGUCUGGUCUGCGGGCACACAGUCGCGCGCACGCGGCGGUCGCGCGCGAGUCGCUGGCGUGCCCGUGGCCCGGCUGCGCGCGCGUGUUCCGUCAGCCGUGCCGCCUGCGCGAGCACGCGCGCGCGCACACCGGCGACCGGCCCUACCCCUGCCGCUACCCGAACUGCGGGUGGUCGUUCCGCACGGCGAGCAAGCUGCUGCGGCACACGCGGCGGCACACGGGCGAGCGGCAGCACGCGUGCGCGGCGUGCGGGCGCGCCUUCCUGCGCCGCGAGCACCUGCGCGACCACGUGCAGCGCCACGCCGCGCCCCGCGCCCGCCACGCCUGCCCCUCCAUAGAUUGCCAGCAGAGUUUCUCGAACAGGAGUUCACUAUACUUGCACAUGAAGAAAGUCCACAAAUCUGAGGACAAAGUCCCGCUGGUCGCAUCUACAGAAAACAAUGAAAAAAUUAGAUUUGUGGUAAGUUUAUUGGAACCAAGCGAGAGCAGCAGCAUUGAGCCCGCUGCUGUGGAGGUGAAGGGGGAGGCUGAGGUGCUGCAGGCGCAGGCGGGGGAGGUCGGGGCGGCGGAGGAGGAGGGCCACUCGGCGCGCACGCACUGCACGUGGCCGCUGGCGCGCGCGCCGCAGUACCAGCCCAGCGACGAGUACGUGCUGGAGGAAGACGUGCCGGUGGAGCAAUCAGAAGGGUCAGAGAGCAACAUAUAUACGGUGAGAAGUGAUCUGUUCCUUCAUGGAAAUGUGCUGCAUAAUGAAGAUAGCGAGCAGAUGGCUCAGUGUUCAGCCGUGUCGGAGGGCGAGGGCGAGGGCGACGGCGACGGCGAGGUGGGCGCGCCGAGAGCGGACGCGCUCGCACUCGACGCUGACAUGUUGCUUGACGCGCCGUCUGUGCAUUUUGACCAGGAGGGCCUGUACACGGAUGCUGUGGACGAGUCUUCCUUCCGUGUCUUCUUGCUGAGCGGCGAAGAACUCGUGUAGGACUCGACACUUGUGAGCGAUAUUUGGGAGGCUAUUCUGUAACGAUAUAUACAGGCUACUCGGUGGUAUUUCCCAUACCUCUAGGGUUAUAUUCCUUAAGGAAAAUAAUAAAAAAAUAUCUAAAGAACUUGUGUUUUAAAAUGAAUUGUAUUAGUUCUAAAAUGAUUAUGCAUGUAUAAUAAAAAAUAAAUAUUUUUAUCACUUCGACAGUGUGAGCUGAGUUGCGAACUCGCAUCUAUCGCUCUCUGUCUAUAUUAUCGUGUUAAACAAAGACAGAUAGAUAUUAAUUCGAAACUCGCACUUGCGUGUUACACUAAACAUCGUUACUAAAUAGCCCUCCCGAACACUACACUAGAUCGUCUAACUUAAGACUGAACUUUCAAUUGUUCGAUUAAAUUAAAUUAAAUUUGUUGAAAAAAUUAUAAUAAAAUGCAUAUGACAUUAAUUGUAAAGAACUGACAGUAUUUUAGUACAUUCUAUAUUCCUGACAUUAUUUUUAGUACUACAGCAAAAUUUAGCUAAAUCUAUUCAUGUAGAUGAUUGAUUUAUAUCAACAUGGACUUGGAAGGUAUGACUUCAUUGUUAUUUACGGACACUCAUUAUUUUCAUUUCUUGACUUUUUCCAUGUCGUAUUUGCAUUAGUCGACAAGUGAAAGAGUCAUAGACAAUGUGGUUACAAUAUACAUUAUGACUUAACAUAGACAAAAUAUAGACUCAAAGACAAAUACACAUGAAACACUACGAAGAAUCCGCUAUUUUACACGCGUUGACGUACUUUUCGACUAAAUAUCUUAUUCGAAUUAUAACUUAAUAUUUAUAUAAUGCCAUAAUUAAAAUGUGGCUAAAAACGAAGCUGCCAUAAACACGAACGAUGUAAUAGCGCUAUAUCUUUAUAGAAUGUAGGGCUCAUCGGUUUGAGUCACAAUUCCUUAAACGCACCUGUUUUCCCUAUCCCCUAAACCUACUAUAUGGGUAUUUUUGAGUAAUUUUUUACUCAAAAAUACCCAUAUUGUAGGUCGUAGUCGAGGCAUCUUCUAGGCAAGCGCGUAAAAUUGUGAGCUGCAUCAUUGUUUUUAAUUAUUCAAAUAAAAUGAAAACUGUUUUGUCAUAUCGAAACGAGGAGGUAAGGAUCACGCCGAUUGGUGUGGAAAUAGAAAAUCACCUAAAAUAGGAUAGUUGACACUUUUUUAAAUGGUCUUAAAUUGUUCAUUAUCGUUCUACUAGAUUGAAAAAAAAAUAUCAUAUUUUUUCAGACGUGGUUACAUGAUAAUUUUAAUUUUUUUUUUGGCAUUACGAGCCAGCCUGUCGGCCAUGAUGGUCUAUAUUUCAACUGUUUCAUGACGUCACGUUAAAAAAUCCUUUACAAACGGAACUCACUCGACUUUAGUCACUGCAUUACUAAACUCAGUCGAAGCAGUGACAAAAUCAUAUCACGCACUUUUUAUAUGACAGAACACGAUCACACUGUUCAGUUUUGUUAUUUAUAACAUACUACUAGUUAAGUUACGUAAAUUUGGAGGGAAGUUCAGUUUUAAGUUAGACAAUACUUUGAACUAUCUAGUUUAUUUUGUUAUACGUUUAUAUCACUGCGAGUGAUACUUGUAAUUGGACAACUAUAUUUUAAUGAUAAAUUUGCCUUGUAUAGUAUACGCCAAACUUCUCGUCAUUUCUGACAUUCUAAAACGUGGAACUGCAAAACUAUUAUGGUCUAAGAUCCGGCAAUAGAAAUAUAUACUCUCAUCUGUUAUUCAUUAACUAUAACUGAUUAGGGUAUAUAAAUAACAUUACUGUUACUGUUUAUAUCUGGCUAUCUAAUGAGGGAAGGAGAUUAUAUUAAAAAAAACAUAUGCAUAUAACUAGGCAACCUAUGUGCAAUGUGUCAAUGUAAAUACAUACAUACAUUAUCAACCCAUAUUCGGCUCACUGCUGAGUUCGAGUCUCCUCUCAGAAUGAGAGGGCAAUAGUCCACCACGCUGGCCCAAUGCGGAUUGGCAGACUUCACAGACGCAGAGAAUUAAGAAAAUUCUCAGGUAUCAGGUUUCCUCACGAUGUUCUUCCUUCACCGUUAGAGACACUUGAUAUUUGGCUGGUGGGAGGCUUCGGCCGUGGCUAGUUACCACCCUACCGGCAAAGACGUACCGCCAAGCGAUUUAGCGUUCCGGUACGAUGCCGUGUAGAAACCGAAAGGGGUGUGGAUUUUCAUCCUCCUCCCAACAAAUUAGCCCGCUUCCAUCUUAGACUGCAUCAUCACUUACCAUCAGGUGAGAUUGUAGUCAAGGGCUAACUUGUAAAGAAUAAAAAAAAAAAUAUUAAAUUUCUUAAAAUGCACACAACUGAAAAGUUGGAGGUGCAUGCCCCUGACCGGAUGCGAACCCUCGCCUUUCGGUUUUGGAGGCAAAGGUUCAUAUCCACAUGGCUAUCACGGCACCAAUGUGAAUAUUUUCUACAAUUUAUUUACUAUCCCAAGUAAAUAACAGAUGAGAGUAUAUAUUUCUUAUGCCGGAUCUUGUACUAUUAUAACUAUGUGAACCAUACACCUCGUGUUCAGAGCGAACUGAAGUUUGGCUGCUAUACCUACAUCUUACACUUUAUUUAAAAGCUCUCGAAUGUAGACAGUGUUCACAAGAUCUAAAUUCUAUGUUUUACAAGUUAUGUAAGAUGAGUUUAGUAAUGUAUGAAGCACAAUUUGUAGCGCUAUUCUGUAAUGUUUUUUUCUAUAUUUCGACAGUGUCUCAGUCAUUGUCUAACACAAUAGGCUAGUAGACACUUUUUUUUUUGCGAAGAACUAAUUUAUGGGUGUUACUACAUAACACUCUAUCUAAAGAUAUAGUGUGAUGUCAUGGCACGACAGAGGUAGAGAUAGUAAUCCGUAACUCACACUAUCGAGUUAUAAAACGAUCUUUACAGAAUAGCGCUACAGUAGUACUAUUCUGUAACGAUGUGUCUACAACUGAACAGAGUGAGUCUCGAACUAUUUAGGAACGAUGUUUUGUAUGACUCGCAAGUGCGAGUUUCAAAUUCACCUCAAUGUCUCUGUGUACACAAUACUAUAGACAGAGAGCGGUAGACACAAGUUCGAAGCUCACACUGUCGAAGUGAUAAAGACAUCUACAGAAUAGCGCUACUGAUCUCUUAUGUGCGCAGACAUUAUGUGUGCUACUCGUAUAAAGUUACAUAGAUUAAAGCAACGUAGAACGCAGAAUACACAUCACCUUUCUUUCACCUAAAGUCUACAAAAACUGUGCGGUUACAUUUUGUAUCAUAUUGAAAAAUAAUUCCAAAACACAAUAAGUAAAUGUCGUGAAUCUUUUAUAGUAAAACUAAGAAAAGAUUUGAUCAGUUUCAUGUUGUGCAGUUAUUAAAUUGAUACUGAUUCAACGGGAGUGAAACCUUAAUUAGUUUUUAUUGAUGUGGUUUUACAGUAGCGUUGGUAACCCUGAAGAAGCUGUGUUUAACGAUCUCUGGUCUUCCGCUAAAAUCUCUUAAUUUACUAUAUUAAAAAACACUGAAAAUAGAAAUAUUAAUAGCUUAUCCUCGUGUUUGGUUUAGUUUUGUUUGUAUACUUUUUGAAGAGUAUAGGAUCGUAAAGGUACUUAUAAGUAGUUUUUGGUUCGGAAGGUCAAAUCGCUAGAUUAGCUAUCACACUAUUAUCGAAGUUUGUUUUCACUAAACAAAGCCCAAAUCCAAACUAUUGUAAACGAAAUGCGAAAAAGCAGCGAAAUGGUUUUCGAGUGCGCGUAUUGCUCGUAAUUUUAGUUUGUGAUAGAUUACUUAAUUAUUAUUAACGGUAUUCAAUGGCGCGUCUGAUUAACAAAAUUAUUAAAUAGAAUAAAAUUAGGUGAAUUAUGUGCGAAAUUAUAUAGUUAAUAUGAAUUAAAAAGUACAAAAGUCUGUGCAUAUAUAGGAAAAUAAUGAAUGAUGUGGUGCAAUAAAAUAUUUAACUUAGCAAGUAUAAGAUUACUUUUGUAAUUUUAAUAAUUGAUAAGAUGACUGUUUAAGUUUUGCAACAUACGAAAUUUCCAAAACAGUAGCACUAUUCUCUAACGAUAGUUCUAUAACUCGACAGUGUGAUCUUCUAAUAGAUCUCAUAUCUUUUUAUACGACUACGGCGAAGUCAAAAGGAAGGGUAAUUUUGGCACUCUAUGUAUGUAUCUAUGCAUGUUCCACCGUAGCGCCUAAACUAUUAAAACUAUUUUAAUGAAUGAGGUGUCAAAAGAUUCGUAAUAAUAGCCCGAAACACCUGGUACUCAUAUACCACGUCCACGUCUCUACCUUAGCCACUUUUGUACCUAACAUUUUUCGAUUUAUAUCUGAAUUAUUUUCUUGUUUCGUCCUUUUUAGACUCUUUUUAAUGUAAAUUAUAAUUUCGGUUUAGAGGGAGACAGAUAUGAAUUCAAAACUCACAACUCACACUGUCGGGUUAUAAAAAUAUCAUUACAGAAUAGUGCUACGGGAGUCAUAAAGCUUAGCCAGUCGCGGAUUAAGCUAACUUGAUCUCUAAGAUAUUAAGCUCUUAAGCAAUCUCCCCCUGUGGGCCACAUAUCCCUAAACUAUAAAAAAAUAAUAAAAAAAAAUUUAUUAAGUACCUUAGGAUAAGUACCUAUCUAAAUCGACCUCAAUUGAAAACGCGCGGAUUGUGAAAUUGCUUGAACUUUCGCGUGCUCUAUUUUUAUCUGACGUAUGUAUUCGUGUAAUAUCUGGUACCUCCCUAGACGGGCUAAUUCAGGACUGAGCUUACUAUCACACUAACUAGUUACUACAUCGACAUCACAAAAAUACACUGGUGGUUAAUAGAUACUAAUAUGUGUGAUAUUAAAUCAUUUAGAUCACAUUUUGCUGCAUAAUUCAACCGUGUCAAUGCCAGAAUCAUGCGAUAUAGCGGUCGUCCAUCGCAAAUAGCAGUCUAAUUCACUAUCUUUGACGUAUGCUAGUUGACAUUCUACGAAAUUGAGAUUCUAUGUAACACAUGUCAUUCGGUGCCUACUGGUGGAUAAUACAGUAGGUAGGAUAGACAUUUCUCAAUUGAUUUAAAGUUUAUUUUAAUAGGUUGAUAAUAAAGACCAAAAUAGUGAAUAGGCUAGCAGGUCGUUUUGAUAUGAAGAUGUUCCGAGAUGUCUGUUAACGAAUACUAGCGACAACACACCAUUUUAUUGCUGCGAAGUAUGAUGAAGAUUGUAGUAUGUGUGUUUUCUCCCAUAAAGUUCCCGUUUUUUAACAAUAUUUAAAGCAACUAUUUAUAUUUUAUUUUACAGUAAUGUACUCAAUUAUAAUAACUUACACUUUACAGUUUACUAUUGAUUUUAAAAUAUAUAUUAAGGAAUUUUUAUAAUGUUGUUACAAUACAUCACAAUACAAUACUUUUACGAGUAUUUUAAUAUCUUAAUUAAAAGGAAAUAUCCGAGAAAUAAUCCCUUAUUAAAAAGCUCUGUUGGAGGAAGAGACGUUAUAAUUUAUUUAUUGACAUCUUAUUUAUACGAACUUAAACAAUAGUAAGUAUACAAUUGAAUUAUAUGUUUGCUUCUUACCAUGACAUCACGAGAGUUUACCAAAAUUUUGAACUAGCUAGUAAAAUAUAUAUAUAUAUAUGUAGCUCUGUGAUAUAGUACAGUUUGGCAAAUAUAUUAUUCUGGAAUAUUACAAAACCACUGUACUAUAAAGAAAGUUGAAAAUUCGAAUAUUUUUGUAUUGAAAUGAUUUAUUUAUUUGAUUAUUAAAAAUUGCACUUGUUGCUUGAAGAUGCCAAGAAAUUAAUAUGAUCUCUACAUGCCUUCUAAAUUAUUGAUUACGUAUUGUUAUAACAUGUACCUAGUGUAGUGUCUUGAUGUAUGUGAUAAUGAUUUUGGUAAUUAUAAUGUACAAUACUGUUAUGGUUAAUUUUAAUUAAUUUUACGUGUAGAUAAUAAGCGACUGAGGGUUGUUAUUGAUCGAGGAAGUGACACUACUACAUUAUUCAGUAUACUUAUUGAACUAUAAGUCUUUUAUUCCCCAAAGACUGUUUUUUUUUGCCUUUGAGAGUAGUAGUAACUUGUUUAUUUCAGUGAAACGUUUGAUGGAAUAAACGAGGAUCUCUAUUGCAUUGUAUUAUGAAAUAUAUCAUAGAUUUUAUAACUAUAAUUGAAAUAAUAAUGUCAUGUCCGGGGUCUUAGCCAAGUGGCACACCGAUUCUCUUUCUACAAUCGCUAACGCUUCAAAAGUAACAAAAUGUAUGGGAAUAACAGAUCCGAUCGACAACUUGAUCAAGUGACCUGAUGAUAGUGAAUGUCAUUCCCAUACAUUUUUUUUAAUUUUUGAAGCGUUAGCGAUUGUAGAAAGAGAAUCGGCGUGCCAUAGGGCUACAGGCCCAGGUUUCACUCGAUAUAUUGAUUAAUUGUCCAGCCUAAGUUAGGGGUAAUGUUCGGGUAAGCUGAAAAGUGUUAAAAAUAUUUAUUUGGAAAUAUUAAAAGUUAUCAGAGGUCGCGAAACUAGUUUGUUUUUUGUUAAUAAAACAGUUUUUAUGAUUCUUAUAUGGACCUUAGAUACGUACCUAAAGAUGAAGACAUAAUUUUGCCUACAUAUUGCUCGCCUUCAUCCCGUUGCAACGAAAGAGGGUACGAUAUACAGGCUGUCCCGUAAAUAGUACGACUUACUCUACAGUAUGAUAGCUGACAUCAAAGCCUACUAAAAUAACGCAAUAUAUGUUAGCCGAAAUUUCACGGUGUGGAUUUUGUACAAUAAUCAAUAUAACUUAAAAACCGUAAAAUUUCGGCUAACAUUUAUUGCGUUAUUUUAGUAGGCUUUGAUGUCAGCUAUCACGUGAUAUUUACGGGACACACUAUAUGUACCUAUAUGCCAUUUCUUAUCUACCGAUGCAGAUGUUGAUUUCGGUUAUAAUAAUUGCAAAGCAUAAAUAACUUUUCAAACUCGUUCUCUGAUACUUACGUCACCCCUAAUUUUGGAAAAUGGUUUAGCUAAGUAAUGCCUGUUAGGUUAAGUUUUGUGUCUAUAGGUUAGGUUAUAAUUAUUAUAGUGUACAUAUAAAAAAUAUAUAUUUUGUAUAUUUUAACAUAAUAAUAUGGUGAGAUGCUUAUUUUUUGAGACUGUUGUCCAUAAGUGACCUUUUGUUAAAAAAAUGUAAUUUUUUAAAAAAUUGUUUUUUAUAUAGCUCCUUAUUUGCGGUAAUCAGUUGGUAGGUAGUUGUAUUAAAGUAAAGUAUUGAGAAAACUAGACGAAGGUUGUGUAACUACUGCCUAAUAAUAAAUAAUUUAUUAAAUUAACAUAAUUGCUCACUAAGGGCUUGGUCCGCAUGAAUCGGCUAAGGAAUUCUUAAAUAAUAACGUACGUUUUAUUGUAAUCGACGGAUUAGUUUAUCGUUCUGCUGAUAGUCUAAGACCCGGUAUUAUAAAUAUAUACCCUCAUCUGUUUUUUAUUAGUGAUAAGAAAUAAAUGAUAGAAUUUAAAUACUAAAGUUGCCUAGUUAAAUUGCGGUCAGACACAUUUUUCAUACAAAAUCUAGGAAACCAUGAAUUAGACCAAAAGCAACCUAAUAUAGUUAAAUUAAGCAUAAAAGAAAUUUUCAUUUGACAUAUUAGAUGACUAAAUAACUGUAAAAUAACAUUACAGGACUGUUUAUAACUGUAACCCCACAGUUGCAGUGUGAAAUCAAGCCACCUUUAUUUUUUCAAUUCUCUUGGAAAUGUGAUAAAACUUCUGUAUGAUUUUUCAAAUUCAUAAGUUCUCAAUGAAUGAGAUUAAAUAAGUUGAAAAAAAAAAUAUAUAUAAUCAUUUAAUUUAUCUAGGCAACCUAUGAAUAUUUUCUAUCAUUUUUUUCUCAUUCCAAAUAAAUGACAGAUGAGGGUAUAUAUUUCUUAUGCCGGAUCUCACACUAUAAUAUUUUAGCUGAUCAACGCGCCUUAACUCCUAUAACAAGUAUAAAAAACUUUAAGUUGUUCUUUAUUAUUUGUUAUAAAAAAAUCCAAAACAAUACCAUAAGGGUGCACAUUGAACUUUCUGAACUGGUAGUGAAGUAUAGUUACGACUUUUCAAAACAGCUUAUAAAUUGAGUAAGUCACUUAUUUAUAAACAGUUUUGAUAAUUCAUGGUUUUUGUACUGACUCGCGCAUAAAAGGAAUAAGGGUUCCGUUUUUGUACCAUGUACGUUCGGAACCCUAAAUAUUAAUAUCAUUUAUAAAUCUGCCAACAUAGGUUAGAAACAACGAGUCUCUCUUUAAGAUCGAGUUAUCUAUUUAAGGUCGGAUUAUAUCUUAUAGACUGAAUUAGUUUCAUUCUAUACAGCACGUUCGUGGGUAAUACCCCUUCUGUUUAAUAAAAACGUACGGCAAGUAGGGAGCUCGUAAUGAGAAAUUCUAAAUUAUAUUUAUAUAAAUGAACUUUAUUUUGUUGCUAUUUUUUGUUUAAGUAUUUUGGAUAAGUUAUACCUACUCGUAUAAUUGCAUCGCACAGUGAAGUCGCGCUAAGUCAAUCUUAAAUUAGUCACAUAUCAUUAUUUAGUUAUGUUAUUUUAAUGAUUAUAUUGCAAUCGAUUGCUUUGUGUUUAUGCAGAUUUUGCUAUAUUAUAGGAAUAAAUGUUUUUCGAUAA